AUGGCAGACAUGUUUAUAGGGGUUCGGAUGACCGUGGUACUCCGGUCUGGCUAUUCCAUGACUGGAGUAGUUGCUCAGAUCAUCCCCAAUCAAGUACUGGUUCUGCAUCAGGUUCAUUCCAAUGUAGGCCAGUACGCUGAGACGGUACACAUCGACCCGAACGAUAUUGAAGAUAUCUUCGAUUCCAGCAGAAUGCCUGCUGUGACAAACCCCUCGGGGGCCGGUCCGCUGGGUUUCACAGCACCCUCCGCCAAUGCCAUCCCUGCGCCGAUCGUUCCUUCCUCCAAUACACCAACAUUCCAGGACCCUGCAAUUCUUAGUAUGGGACGGCGUCCUGGACCGAAUAUCGGAGAAAAGAGAGACCCUACACCGCCAGCCAUCACGAAGAUCACCAGCCUUGUUAAAACUCUGGAAGAGGCGCCAGGGAACGACCAACAUACACCUAUCAAGCGCCUUGAGGAAAGCUUGGGUAAGUUAAGCAUCGUGCCUCCGGGGCCAGAGACGGGACCAGAGACGGGACCAGAAGCGGAAGUGACGCCGACAGCGCCCAGCGCUCCGGGCGCAAGACGGAAGACACGCCGCAAGCAGAAGGGUAGUCGAAGCCAGCCUGAAGGCGAGAAUACGCCCGUCACAGUCAAGGAAACUGAUGAAGCGGGGGGCCAAGGAGGCUCUGGCUCUGGGUGGAGGCAAACACCGAUUCUACAGUCGACCAAGUCAUUCCAGCCUUUCGCAUCCCUUAAGAGGGGUCAGAAGCCGAAUGCUGAUGGCUGGGCCUCGGAGGAUGUCACCGAUGUUCAAGGCGCUGGCGAUUUCGACUUCGAGGGUAAUCUCACCAAGUUCGACAAGCGAAACAUAUUCCAGGAGAUGCGCCAACAGGACAAGGUUGAUGAUGCUGAGCGCCUCGUAUCCCACAAUCGUCUUCCGCGCUCGAAACCUGGUACCGCCGGGGGAAAGAAUCUACACUACUCGGAGAACGUCCUAGAUAUGCCAUCAACUUCGUCGGCCGCACAGGCACCGGGGUUAGUAUCGAAGCUGAAAGAAACCCCCGACGACUUUUGGAAAAGCGAAGCUGAUGAUACUAACAUGAAUGGAGGGGAACGACUGAGUGGUAGAGAAGGCAGCGGGCGAAGUUCACGCCUUAGGGGGGAAUCUCGAAUGUCGACGAGACGCUCCCGGUCCCGGAAGGCGAGUGCCACGCAAAGUAUCCUUGGGCCCAGCAGAAUCAACUCGGGCCAGCCGCCUCCGGCUACAGCUGAAGGUUUCUAUUCUAUGGGUUCAAGUCGACGGGUCGAGACAGUCACCCAUCUGCAAAUGCUUAAUCUUGAGAAUAUUGCGCACAAUGAGAUGGGUCUGACUGAAGAUCUCAUGGCCGAGAAUGCUGGGCGGAGCAUCGCCGAGGUUGCCCUGUCGGCCCUCAACGAUCCAGCCGUAACACUUCGUAACGCUGCCGCUUCCCCUGGGCCAAAUACGCCUACUAUCGUCGUCAUGGCGGGAAACAACAAAUCAAGUGUACGUGCCAUCUCAGCUGGACGUCAUCUUCGAAACCGAGGCAUUAAUGUCCUUGUUUGUGUGGUCGGCAUCGAGCGAGAAAAGGACCUGAUCGAAGAGGUCCAGAAGCAGAUUAGGCUCUUUCGCAAUUUCGGCGGCGCUGUGCUCUCCAAGACGCAGCUUUUCAAGCAGCUCAGCAAGGCCACUACGAGCCUCAAUUCAUCGCCACAGAUCUCUGUCACCCUUAUCGUUGACGCUCUUCUCGGACUCUCGAUCGCUUUCGAGGAAUUACGCAAGAGCGAUCAAGCUAGUACCUACGAAUUGAUGGAGUGGGCCAAUCGCAACGAGGCCUUUGUUAUGGCUGUUGACGUACCCAGUGGAAUAGAUCCAACAGCCGGAAAGGUUAACAUCAUCGACGGCGCGAGGCUUUACGUCCACCCCCGAUACGUAAUUGCUCUUGGGGCGCCGAAACAGGGACUGCUGAGAGCAAUGCAGAUCGGCUACGAAGAGCAAGCCGACAUCGCAGUCGAGGACUGGAAGCUCUAUUUAGCGGACAUUGGCCUAGGUGCCUCGACGAUUUGGCGGAAAGCGGCCACCAAACUGCGUCGUGGGAUUGGUAUUGACUUCGGGGAUAAGUGGGUCAUGGAAAUGCGGUAUCAGCAGCAACUGGACAAGCCUCUGGAAUGA